GGAUAUUUGACUCGCUGAUGGGCCAAGUCGGAGGCCAGGACUGCCCAGGAGAAAUCCGAGCCUCUCUGAUGGACCGAUUUAUGUUAUUUGGACUGCUCUCUCAAAUUCCCAAGUUGGGCCAUGCCCACACAAAAAUACGUAUGGGCUAUUAGAAGAUGGGCCCUCGUCAAGGCAACACGCUUGUGGCUGUGGGCCGUCAAUUACAGUUGGUAGAUCGACUUGGUUUCGUUGUGAACUCUCUCUCUCUCUCUCUCUCAGAUACUUUCUGAUUGUAUUGGUAGCUCCAGCGUCAGAUGAGAUAUCGGGAACCCUAGAAGGAUCGGCGACGGCGCAUCUCAUGGGUCCGAACGCCAAAGCGAGAUGGAAGAGGUAUCACAAGAUUGAUAAAGGCCGAAUACCGCGAAGGCAAAUCGGUGUCUUGUACCCUCAACCCCCACGGAGGAAGAAGCUGGAGGUGUCUAAACCGCCGGUGGAUCCCGUUGAUUCAGACGCGUGUUUGGUCCACCGGGUUUUAAAUGCUCCGAAACGGAAACCGACGAACAAGGCACCGAAGAAGAAGGAAGAGGAGACACCAAAGAAGAAGGAAGAGGAGAGUGAGGAAGAGGAGAGUGCGGAUGAAAAGAGUCGUACGGAGGAGGAAGCGCAGAGUGGCGAUGAAGAGGGGCAUGCGGCGGAGGCCAUAUACGUCAACCCUCCCAGGCCUCCUAACCCUCCCAUGCCUUCCGAAUCAAAGCGGGGGUACAGCAGGAUACGGAAAUGGAGGUUGAAGAAGGCCCGUCAGCAGGCGGAGGACGACAAGGCCACCGACGAGAAGAAAGAGAAGAUGAGUUACGGCAGUCCCUACUGCCAACGCUGCAGAGAAGUUGACGAGCUCACGCUGGUGCCAGUGGCUGACGAUGCAAUGUAUCUGUCUCCCGACGACGACUUUGGCGGCGACGAGAACCUGAAACUAAGGGUAAUCCGCUACCGGAGGAAGAAGUGGUUGACCGGGGGUUUUGAUGCUGAUUGUCAUCCUAGCUAUCUCACUUUCGGUGGUAUUUUUCAGCCAUACCAUUAUCGGUUUGUUGUGGGUUUCGACAGGAUGGUUCAUGGGUCCGCGAAAUACGCAAUCAGUGAAUAUAAUCGACUAAAGGAAUUUUUCUUUCUUUUGAAGCUUGUAUGUUAAUACAUUAUUCUAUUCUUUUGUUUCAAUUUAGUAUAUGGUCUCUCAAAUGUCGGGUAUAUAAUGUUUGCAGAAGCAAAAGUUAACUUUGCUUAAGAUUUUGAACGUCACUGCCGAGACGGCUGGGUGUUACAUAUUCUAUGUAACAUUUGAAGGCGUGAAUGAGUUGCUGAUUAGUAAGGGAACACCCGAUAUCAUUCAUACAUACCAAACUGUAGUGACAUGUGCACUAUGGUUCAUUGGCAAUCAUGAAGUAUUCAUCUUCAAGAGAAAAUUCGAUGACAAAUUGUCGGGUGACGGACCGUUGAGAAGAAAAAACUUCAGAGGUAUGUGCUACUUUCACUUGUCGCUUUAGAUAUUUCACCAAUUUCCAUUAGCAAUUAUUGUUCUCUAAGGGUUGGUUCUCUUUUUUAGAGAAGCAUUUGUUACGGCCAGAACCUAGCUAUGCGGAACUCACAAGAGAAAAGAGAGAAAAGUGGUGGACCUUGGAAGCAGGAGUGAAAAAUGGGGGACCUUGAAUUCGUGCAAGGUUGUGUGUCAUCUUUGCAGGAGUAGUUUGCUACCCUUAUGUUAAUAGUGUUUACGUUCACAUUAGAGAACCGGUGGUAAUGUGUUUUCUUUGCCUGUUAGUAGGAUCCCGUAGAGGAUUUGAUACACUUAAAAAAUAGUUUUGGUUGUUAAUUAGUAAACCAUAUAGCUAAACGGUUGAGGAUUUGAUGUGAUGGAAAUAGAUUGUUCUAAUGGAGAAAAGAUAGAGAAUGCCUUCCAAAAUUAAACACGUUAAUUUUUUUUUCAACCGUCAUAUUAAUCUAUCUGAGAUCUCUGCAGCUGGCUGAGAUUGGAGUUCUGUUGUUGAGACCCGGACUGGUGUUUGCCUGCAUGGCUUUAUUUGUAUCUUUUUAUCUUGUUGAUUAUUAAUUAAUUGAUGCACCAUUAUAAAAAAAAAAAGGUUAGAUGCUCUACGUAAUUUUAGUCUAUCUGAAAUUUUAUUUUAUGACCUUUUAUAUGGAACUCUCACAGAAGGUUGACUAUGGCUAUCUAGUCAAAUUGGCACUUGCCCAAAUGCCAAAACAAGGCAUCCAAUCAAUAAAAAAUGAAUAUGAUGAUCAAGUGAUGAAGCUAGCCAGCUAGCCCCAAUUGGUUAUAGGAGGAAAACAAAGAUGCCCAAUUUAAUGAAGAUCAAUACAGAAAUGGAGAUUAUAGUAAUUAAUUUAGGGGAUGCCCCCCAUCCUAAGGACAUGUCAUGCCCUUAGCUAGGGACUUGCUCCGCGCCCUUCUCUCUAUGCAAGGAAAACAAAGGUAUAUGAUUGAUUUCCCAAUUUGUUGCGGAUGAUAUGAUUGGAUUACUGGACAAACCAUCCUAACAUUACGCAAGAAUCUGCAGACAGCUUCUGGUAGCUCCAAAUCAUGUUGGAUUUUGUGACAAUAUUUGCAUAUUGCAUGAGAGAUCGAGUUGGUCAAAUUUAUAAAAAUCCUUGAUGAUUUGACUAACAGAAUAAGGUCAUUUUGGGUUUAGGAAUAUAGUAUAUGCGUUGAGUGGGAAGAAAGAGGAAAAAAUAACUUGUAAAUUUAAGUAGUAACCAUUUUAAAAGAGUUACAAAUGCAACUAAUCUUCCUCCAAUUCAGUGAAUAGAUUUGAUAAUGACAUAGUAUGUGGAAAUCCAAUCCCUUAAAGGGAUCGAGAUAUAUAUAUAUAGCUAGAGAUCAGGUAACUUGAACCAUUGAGCUGCCCCUGCUGGCCUUUGAUACGAUCUUUUGAUUCACAUGGAGCGCACUCCAUCCAAGUGAUCCAAGUUCAUCCACCAUUCUUCUGUUUCCACAGAGUACUUCAGUGCCCAAUGCUGUGAAUUUCUUGAUUUGUGAAGUCAAGUAACAGUUAACUAGACUAGAAGAUAGCUACUUGCUUGGCCUUGGUGAGCAACAGGCUUUUGCCAGAGAUAUGCAGACCGAAUCAACAUAACAGACAGCAUAAUAUUACCUAGCGACUAAUCUAUUAUGAGAUGCUGGCAGAUUUUGGGUAUAUGUAUGAGUGCUUUGCAAGGGAACGAAUGAUUAGUUCCAAGUUCCAUUAAUUCAACCAGAGAUAGGGAAAGCUAACUUAUUUCCUGGGAUUCUGUCUGCAGAACAAUCUGCACAAGUGGGAAUGAAGGAAUCACAUAAAUCAGCAGACAGAACAGAAUUGCAACCUUUAAACAAGGUAUAAGGAAAAAGUGCAUAUUUUGGCACAUUCAAUCAACUUGGUCCAUUUCGCAUGCAUGUUUCAUACUUGAUUCUGUCUCACGUCGCCUUUCUGUGCUUGGUCUGCAAAUUAAUGCUGCGGCAGGCAGCCGCCACUCUGUGUUGAGUAAAAUUAAUGGCAGAGAAGUCUAGGCGUACAAUUGCAUCUGACUUUAUAAGUUUUGGUUCGGUUCAUGAACUCUAGUUUGGGAACUAACUUUGCUGCUGCAGAAUGUCAGCUAGCUUCGACACAGAGGAGUCUGUUUAAUAUCAAGUCUUUGAAGGUUGUUGUUGGGACGAUGAACCGCACUUGAGUGUGACAAAAGCAACUGCUAAUUAAUGCGCUGCAGAAAUUCUAAUAACACAUGGUCUGCAAUUGCAUCUUACUUUGCCUGUAUUUAAACCUCGAUCGGUUGAUUAAUAUGUACCAUCCAUUCGACCAAUGAUUGCUGCAAUAUCAAUGUUCCCGGCUAGCUAAUUCAUGCAUUCAUCCAAGACAAAUUAAAGGAUGAAACGUAACUCUGGCGUUAUGUAUGAUUAUAAUUAACCCCUUGAUGAAUGUCAUUGUAUCUUGUUAUAAAUAUAUAUGCAUCAACUUGCCCCUGCCUGUCGAUUACUGGUUCAACCAAAUGAGACCAAAAGCUGAAAACUAUGGAAGCAGGAAAUGAUGCCAUAUGGGCAGUUCCCUUUUUGGGUGGUCAUGAACUCACGAUCCAAUUAUGCUGGAAUUCAGACAGACUGAACAACGUUAUUCAAUCAUAGUUCAUAACAAAUAAUCAUGAAGGUGGGUAUAAAUCACCAGACAGGGGACAUAAAAGAGGUCUGGAAAUUGAACCAAGAGUACAACCAUUUGGCCAUACAAACUCUGACAAUGGCGACACAUAGUUCGCUCUUAAACCACACAUACAUCUGGGGAACGAUGGUGUACUGUUCCCUUAAAGCAGAAAAAGAUAGACAAAAGUAUGACCAAAAGCGCAUCCGAAAGGAAAGUAAUGACGGUAAUUAUUAAUCUCACAAGUGUCUACAUGCAUUCUUUCUAUCUUGAACCAUAUUCUAUAUCUGCACUCAAAGGAAAUACGGCUUUGACUGCUCUGUGUCGUCUCUCUCAAUCUCAACUCAACUCAGAGUGCCCUACCUACAAGCUUUUGCUUCACAUGGCGGCAUGUGACUGUUCCCUACCUAGCUCCAACCAUCAUGACCGGUUAAACUUAAAACCAUGGCGGAAGUCAGUUUAAAAAAUGAUUGGAGUAGAAGUAAUAUUAAGUAUAAGCCUCCUUAUGGACAGAGUUUUGGAUGCUUUCUGUGAGGGGACAGAGCCGGACUCUGCAUGAUACUGUUUACCAAAACAAGCAAUAUAACUUUAGAGUGGUCCUCAAAUCCGAACCCAACAAGGAUUAAAGAUAUGCAAACAAACCGAAUACGACAAACCGAGGGGGUCCAUGAUUAAUUAAGAAAAGGGGAGGAUUAGUGAAGCUAAAUUAUUAUUAAGAUAAUUAGCCGCCCCGUGAUAUUCCCCUGCUGCAGAAACCGAAAAACAAACGAGCUAGCUAGCUAGCUAGCUAUUGGUCAAUCUACUCGGCAAGGCUUUGCUUUAUAGAGAUUUUGACCAGCGUUUGUUGCUAUUCAAUUUCAUUCAUGGCCGUUACGUAAGAAUGCAAAGUUACAAUGAACCUGAUGAGGAAGGGAGCGAGCUUGCGGCUCUGCUAUUUUUUCCAUUCAUGUGUACUCUGCAGACUGCAGAGCAGAGCAUCAUCUCUUCUUCAUCUUUUGCCUCGUCGUUGAACGGCGGGCUUUGACUGUUCAAAACAGCCGCCAGCUACGCGACAAAACUGACCGAAACCGCUUACCCACAAUGAACCGGUUCUGUUUUAUUCUCGUUUGGAUUCGACCAACAAAUUAUUAAGGGGUCGUUUGGAUGAGGAAUUCUAAUGGGUCAAUCUGACACAAUUGUCUCGUUUUGAGUCAAUUGUGCUAGAUAGAUCCGUUUGGCAGCAGAAAAUUUGGAUGAAGUAAUUUGGACUGGGGAAUUCUGAAUUGACUCAUUUUAAGCCAAUUACAAUUGUCAGGGGUGGGGGCAGGUAAUCUGAAUUGACUCGUUUUAAAAGACUCGUUUUGUAAAAUGAAACAAUUGGUCAAAUUGUCUCGUUUUACAAUUGAUCCAUCCAAACGACGCAUAAGUGAUUUGCUGCGGUUAUAAGUAGGGUUGAAAAUUGGCCCGACCCGCCCCUGACCCUGUACUGAUCCUGUCUGACCCGUCUCUGAAGGGUCAAGAUGUAUAACUGACCCGCUCCGGCCCUGUUUCUUUCAUGAUCCUGUCUGACCCUUUAGGGUCGGGACGGGUCAUGAAGGGUCGGGUCAGUGGGUCGACCCUAAUAAAUAGACUACUUUUUUAAAAAUUACAAUUUGGUACCCGAAUUUAUUUUUCUUACAUUUUAGUACCUAAAUUUAUUUUUUUUACAAAUAAGUCCCUAAAUUUUGAUGAUAAAAUUACAUUUUGGUACCCAAAAUUGUUAAUUUUACAAUUUAGUACCUAAACUUAUAAAAUUUUACAAAUAGGUCCAACAUGUUUGUAUGAUGCUAAGGGUUAUAGGGUCAAAAAGUGACCCGGCCCUAUCUGACUCUGACCCGACCCUAAAUUGACCCUAUAGACAAACUGAUCCAGCCCGACCCUGCGGGUCGGGGCGGGUCAGUGGGUUUUAAGGGUCAAACUUACACCCCUAGUUAUAAGUGCUAAUUGAGUGAUUAGAAUAUAAGAUUUUUAGGUUUCAAGAUCAAUGGUAUUAUUAUCUCUAGAUUAAGUUUUUAUUCGUGCUUAUGACAACUGGGGGCAUUAAUGGAAUGCAUAACUUUUUUUAUGGUUGUUUCAAUUGGGGAGCCGAAAGAAGUAGGAUUGUGCGUAAUGAAGUUUUGGACUAAAAGUCCGGGGUUACAAUAACUCAAUCAAAUUUGUGUUGACAGAUUUUUCAUAAAUUGAACUUAAAGGUGGUAUUCAGUUAAUUGUCGAAGACUUUUUGAAUAUGACAGCAUCAAAAUUGUGAACAUUAAAACUUAAAGUGUUAG